UAAGUAUAGGCAGCAUGAUGGCGCUGUGGGUAGCGUUCGGGAGUCCCCACUUUGAUCCCAAGCUCAGGUUACUGUCUAUGUGAAGUGUUGAAUGUUCUCUCCUUGCCCAUGGUUACCUCUGGGUUCUCUGGUUUCCUCCAACCUCACCAAAAAUAUAUAUUAGCAGCUUAAUUGGUUACUCUAAACUGCCUCUAAGUGUGAAUGAGUGUGUGAAUGUGGGUGUGGUGCAUGGUGAUGGACUGAUGUCCCUUCCAGAGUAUAUUAAACCUUCACACCCAGUGUUCCAGAUCCAGACCAGAUUAAAGCAUUGAAGAUUAAUGUAUGAAUGAAUGAUUAAUCCAAUGAAUAAAUAAAUAAAUACAUAAACUUUAUUUACAAUCAGUAUAAGUAUUAUUAUAAAAUAUAAUUAUACAUAUAAUUAUCAUUCUAAAAAUAUUAUGUGUGGAACAUCCUUGUUUCAUUGAGUAUGAAUUUUAUAUAAUACUCUUUUUUUUUAAGUAUAAGUCUUUAUUCAAGCUUCUGUUGAGUAGCCUUUAUGUCUUUCUGUAAGUCUUUCUGUCUUUCUUUCCUUUGGUCUGCGUCUGCCUCUCUUUCCUCCUUUCUUUCUAUAAGUCUUUCUGUCUGUCUUUCUUUCCUUUGGUCUGCCUCUGCCUUUCUUUCUUUCUUUCUAUAAGUCUUUCUGUCUUUCUUUCUUCCUGUCUGCUUUCCUUUGGUCUGCCUCUGUUUUUCUUUCUUUAUUUAUUUCUUUCGACAAGUCUUUCUGUCUGUCUUUCUUUCCUUUGGUCUGCCUCUGCCUUUCUUUCUUUCGUUUCACUCUUCAGACCUUCUGACUAAUCAACUCUGACUAAAGCAUGCUGUUUUCAGAAGGGGCGUGGUUUGAUGUUUUAUUUUCCGUCACACCGGAAGUGAGGUUUAUUUUUGUACGUGACGUCACGCGGAAGCCUGAAAAUAAAAGUUAGCUUAGCAGCAGAAGCACUGACGGCUACAUGCGAUAAACAGGAAGUUAAUGUACUAACCUAGCAGCGUUGUUUUGAAAUGCUGAGUUUCCUUAACAGAGCAGUGCUAAAUUUGACAGCCGUGACUCACCCGUGCUUGACUGCAAGUAAUUUCUGGAAGGCUCAGGCUAUGUGAUCAGCAGCACGAGAUUUUGAGUCUGGUGGUGCAGAGAUGACUGACGAGAUAGACUCCGCCCCGGCUGGGUCAGGACCGGUUGGGAGGUGUGUCAAGCAAAAGUACCGCAGCAGCAAACACUCACAAGGGCUGAUGGAUGGACUCCUGGCUCUGCGUGAAGGAGGAAUACUGUUUGACGUGGUGCUGCUGGUGGAGGGGAAGCCUGUUGAAGCUCACCGCAUCCUCCUUGCUGCUUCCUGUGACUACUUUAGAGGCAUGUUUGCUGGGGGUUUGCGGGAGAUGCAGCAGACUGAGGUCACCAUUCAUGGAGUCACGCACACAGCCAUGACCAAACUGCUAGACUUCAUCUACACGUCGGAGCUGGAGCUGGAGCUGGAUACGGUGCAGGAGGUGUUGUGUGCUGCCACACUCCUGCAGGUCCAGGAUGUGAUUGGCUUCUGCUGUGAGUUCCUCUUCUCCUGGCUGGACAACGAUAACGUCCUGGAGGUGGAGAAGCUGGCCGACGCCUACGGGCUGGAGCAGCUCGGUGAGAAGGUGUGCUCAUACCUCUUGAAGAACAUCCAGACCUUCUCACGCACGCCUGUAUAUCGCCAGCUGCCGGCUGAGAAGGUGCUGCAAGUGCUGUUGAGCGAUGAGCUGGAGGUGAGCUCUGAGAGCGAGGUGUUCGAGGCAGCACUGCACUAUUACUACAGCCCUGAGCAGGUGGAGAAGGAACAAGUGUGCCUGCAGGAGCCCAUGCACUUGAUGGAAGCUGUGCGUUUCUGUCUCAUGGAGCAAGCCGCCCUGCAGCGCCUCUAUACCCGCCUGGAGCCAUGCGAGCUGCGUAACAUCGUCUCCUUUGCCCUGCGCUACCACAACAACACACUUUGGCAGCCAGUCAUGCAGAGCCCGAUGAGCCAGUUACGCUCCAACUGCCACUGCAUUCUGGGGUUCGGAGGCAUGUUCUCGUCCGGCGUGCUGGCCGACAAUGACAAACGCUUCCAGGUGUUCCACCCGUCCUGGGGGGAGUGGCGCAACCUCAGGGCGGACGGCGCACCCCGCAUGUCCAACAUGGGCAUCGCUCUGCUGAAUAACUUUGUUUUCUUGGUGGGCGGAGACAACAACACAAGCGGGUUCAGAGCUGAGUCACGGUGCUGGAGAUAUGAUCCUCGACACAACACCUGGUGUGAUAUUGCACCUCUUCAGCACCAGCAUGCUGAUCACUGUGUGUGUGUCGUGGACGGCUACAUCUACGCCAUCGGAGGUCGUGACUACAGCAUCGAGCUGGACUGUGUGGAGCGCUACAAUCCCCAAACGAACACCUGGGACUAUGUGACUCCACUCAAACAUGAGGUGUACGCCCAUGCUGGAGCAGUGAUUGAUGGGAAGAUCUACGUCACGUGUGGCCGGCGAGGGAUGGACUACUUGAAGGAGACCUACUGCUACGACCCUCGUGCCAACGCGUGGAGUGCGUGCGCUGAGGGCCCUGUGGAGCGAGCUUGGCACGGGAUGGCGGUGUACGGAGGGCGUGCUUACGUCAUCGGUGGAAGCAAUGACGGCUGCGGCUACAGACGGGACGUUCUGAAGGUGGCUUGCUAUAACCCGGCUGAAGAUUCCUGGUCUGUGGUGUGUCCUCUCCCGGAAGGGCAUGGCGAGCCAGGCGUGGCCGUGUUAGACGGGCGGAUCUACGUGCUGGGUGGGAGGUCACAUGACAAAGGCAGCCGCAUGAAGUAUGUGCACAUAUACGAUCCUGAGCAUGACCGCUGGGAGACUGGCGUUGCUCUAGAUAGCCGAGUGUCGGGCCUGUCUGCCUGCAUGGCCUUGAUGCCUAGAAACGCACUCCCGCAGGCUCGCACCAAUGCAGACCGAGCCAAAGCAUCAUGGGAGGAAGUGUACUGGGAUGAUUCGGACCACUCGAGCGAGGACGGUUGAGGCUGGUUUUUAGAAUCUCACUGUCUCAGUACUUGUUGUUGGGAUGUCGCCUCGUUUUCUAAAGCCAUGCUGUGAGUAUGUACUGGUGUGUACUUUAGGGGUGGGUAAUGCGGUAAAUAUGAUCUCAUAUCACAGUACUUAUAGGCACAAUCAGGUCGCACGAUAUUUAGGUUUUGCUAGCAAAGUUUCAGCCAAAAAGUCAUUUAUAAACCUGCUCUAAUCAGCAGUUUCUAUAGCAUUAUAUUCAACACUGAUUUAUUUCACACAAACAAAAUGUACUAAUCAAUACAACGAUCAGAUUUUCUCCAGCAACAAUGUCUCACUGUACCAAAACUAAAUAGUCCUGUUAAAUUCCCCAUUCUCAUUGGUCUGUAGGUGUUGAUUAACUUUCCAUAACAGCAGCUCUGACAGUAAUUCCUGUUGUACUUCAGAACGCUGGUUUACGUGAAUGCACUUGUUCUAGGACUUUAUCAUUUCUAUACUAACAGCUUACACAGGGACUUGUAUAGUUUUAUGUUUAUUGAGUGUAUUGGGGUUUUUUUUUGUUUUUUUUUGUUUUUUUUUUAGAUGUUUGUUUAGCUUUUAUUUGGGAAGGAGUCUCCAGUGUCAGUGAAAAGUCUUCAGGACGGUUUCUCGGUAACAUGACUCUGGAGUGUUUUUUUUUUUUUUUUUUUUGGUUUGUUUUUGUUUUUAUUAUUAACUUCAAGAAAGAGAGAGAAAAGUGGAGGUUCCUUAUUGAAACACAAGCAAAAUGAUCACAAUUUGGCUUUAUUCAUUCAUUCAUUCGUUCUAGAGCAAUAAGCAGAGCCAUCGUCUAUGAGGUAAGGAUUUCGAGUCUGCAUUUUCAUUGUUUUGUUUUUCUGAUCUACAUGCAGGUAAAUAGCACGACAUGUUUUAUUUCCUGAUUUUCUUAAGUCGAUGACGCGUAAUUAUGUAUCGUUGUGAUUUUUCUGUUGUGUCCAAAACUUCACCAGCAGUAACUUUGUGAGAGUGUUUUUAAUGCAGUUUUGAUGAAACUGCUGUACAUACAGUUUUUUGUUGUUGUUGUUGUUGUUGUACUGACCGUGCCUUUCGCCUUCCUUCUUCACUGAAUUUGUUGAAGUUUUGAAUAGAGUUUUUAAGUCUGAGGGUUGCACAGAGAAAUUAUGAAAUAAUAGAAAUAGAAAUAAUAAAAUGUAGAUACUACGUAGUGUUAAGGUUUUUAAUUGAGCUCUUAACAUUUUUGCCUUUUCAAAAGAAUUGCAGCAAGUGGCUUGUCUAUGAGAGAAUCCGGAUAAAGGGUUGAAAGUUUGCAUUGUUUCAUGUGGCUCAUGAGAACGAAAAAGGAACUAACUAUGCAUGUACAUAAAGGUUAUAGUCUAUGGGUGUAGACAGAGAGACUGUAAAAAGUGUAGCUUUUCUGGUUGUAAAUAAAAUAAAAUAAAACAAACUGUUCAGCACUGAAAAUGUCAUGAAGGAUUCGAAUUCCAAACCAAGCAGAGAUUUUUGGCAGUUCUUGUUAAGGAAUUCUAUGAUGAUCUAUUUCAAUUGUAAUUAAAUUGCAAUGAAAAGCCCUUAUUGAUCAAAUGCUAAAAGUACUUAUGACAUUACCAACAUGUUAACAAUGUAUCCCAAAAGCAUACAGUCAUAGUAAUAAUAGGGAUUUGAAAUCUGCAGUUAUAUUGCAUGGAAAACUCUUUUCCAUAUACUUCUAUUGUGUAGAAAUGAGAUGCAGUUAAUCUAAGAAUUUCCCCCAUAUUUAAAAAUGUGUCUCAUCCUGUUUACUGUGUGGGAGACUAAAUACUUAUAUAAAUAUUUGAGUUGUAAUUUCAUAUCUGAACAGUUGGAAAAAUUCAAUGUUCAUUAAAUGUGUCAUUGCAAAAUAUUAAAUUGUGUCAUUGGUGCAUUGUUUGGGGGGGGGACACGGUGGCUUAGUGGUUAGCACGUUUACCCCGCACCUCCAGGGUUGGGGGUUCAAAUCCUGCCUCCACCUGGUGUGCACAGAGUUUGCAUGUUCUCCCCGUGCUUCUUGGGUUUCCCCCUCAGUCCAAAGACGUACGUUGUAGGUUGAUUGGCAUUUCCAAAUUGUCUGUAGUGUGUGUGUGUGUGUGUGUGUGUGUGUGUGUGUGUGUGUGUGUGUGUGUGUGUGAGAUUGUGCCAUGCGAUGGGUUGGCACCCCAUCCAGGGUGUCCCCCACCUUGUUCCCAAAGUUCUCCAGGCUCACCAUGACCCUUUGUAGAACAUGCAUGGUGCAUGGAUGUAUGGUUGUUCUCAAUAGCCCUUUCUACUGCCACCUUAAAGAGGCAGCUAAACUGUAUUUAAAAAAUUACAAAAAAAAAGACGGUCAAAGUCUCAAGAACAGAGACCGCCGCAGGACCGCCAUAACAGCCAUUUUACAUUUAUUACAUUUGUGGCAUUUAUCCAGCGCGACUUACAUUUAUCUCAUUUAUACAACUGAGCAGUUGAGGGUUAAGGGCCUUGCCUAAGGGCCCAACAGUGGUAACUUAGCAGUGCUGGAGCUUGAACUCCUGGUCAGUAACCCAGAGCCUUUAACCACUAAGCCAAACUCAGUCACAUAAUCUGUUUACCUCAUUGAAGCUUUUAUAAAAAAUUUUUUAAAAAAGACACUUUAGUUACAGUGCACUUUAUUUUUUUAUUUUUUGCACUCUUUCAGACCUCUCUAUUUAUUGGUGUUUAAAUAAAAGGUUUUGUUUUGUUUUGUAUGCAAGUGAAAUU